AUGGAGGAUAAUGUGUGGAUAAUGAUCGUGUGGAGAUUUGCCAAAGCGAGAAAAAGUGGUCUUUUGACAUGGAAAGCAAAGAGCGAGUUGGUAAACCAGUACAUGGAGAGGAUGGUCUCUCCCUUCUUCGAUUCCGUGUAUCUCGUUAGUCCAAAAAUUAUCGAAAUGAACGUCGAGGAUGUGCAUCAACUAGCUAAGAUCCCUUCUCUACCUGCAAAUCUGAAGCUUGAGCAGUUUGAUGAGCUUCUAGCUCUACCAAGCGAUCUCUCAUUUUUACCGCUAGCUAAUAUUCCUAGAAAUGUACUGCGGCUUACUGCAUUGGAAAUGCUUGAUGCUACCAGAAUUCCAAAGCAUCUGAUCUCUUACAUCGGUCCCACUAUCACGGUAGAAAUAAAACCCAAACAAGGGUUCUACCAAAACCAUCUAUCUAUGGACAUUCCAUACUGCAACAAUUGCAUCUUGCAGCAGCACUUCUUGCCAUUUACGAUGAUUCUGAAAGGUUUGCUUUUAGCUAGAGAAAUGCGGUUCGGACCAUUUCGAGCAGAU